AUGUUCUUCUCAGAUAUUCAUCGCUCGCGUUUUACUUUCUACAAGUGUUGCUGCUAUUUCGAUGAAGUUGGAUCGAACACUAGAAUGGAGAUGAGCUGCCAGUCGAAUGGCAAUUCGAGUGAUAUUCAACCGGUCUGUAAUUCUGGGGGGACAUCGUACCAGGACAAGAGUUACUCGGGGUAUAUGCCUCCUUCUCCUUCUUUUGUGAGUGGAUGGAUGUAUGUUAAUGAACAAGGACAAAUGUGCGGUCCGUAUAUUCAGCAGCAGUUGUAUGAAGGUUUAUCUACUGGCUUUUUGCCAGACGAGCUUCCUGUCUAUCCUGUGGUAAAUGGGGCAUUAAUAAACCCAAUACCAUUGAAGUACUUCAAGCUGUUUCCUAAUCAUGUUACUACUGGGUUUGCAUAUCUGAGUCUGGCCAGCAUCUCAAGCGCAAGCACGCCUACGAAUUCUCUUAAAUCUUGCAAUGGGGAUUUGGCUACAUCUAGUAUACCUACACCCAUUGCUACUAGUUAUCCUGAUUUACAGAAUGAUUCCACUUCACAGGCCAACAGCAACACUGAUUUUUCCAGUAAGCUGAUAUUGAAAUCCGAAGCACCUAACCAAGAUACCUCAUAUCAGUCACUGUCAAGUAAAGAGUCUUGCUGGUUGUAUGAGGAUGAGGAAGGGAAGAGAAAUGGGCCAUAUUCUCUUUUCGAAUUAAAUUCUUGGCAUCAAUAUGGAUAUCUUCGGGAUACACUGAUGAUUUAUCACGUCAAGAAUAAGUGUAAACCCUUCACACUGUCAUCUGUUAAAUGUUCAUGGAAACUUGAUGGAUCUGAAACCAUCACCAAAUUUGAUACCAAAUGUAAUCAGUCUGGCUCAUUUGUAAGCAUUAUAUCUGAAGUUGCGGAGGAUGUUUCUUCCCAACUGCACUACGGAAUUUUGAAAUCAGCUCGUAGAGUUGUUUUAGACGAGAUAAUCAGCAAUGUGAUUGCUGAGUUUGUUACCACAACUAAAGCUCAGAGACUUAACCAGAGUAUGAAGACCUGCUCCUUGGAUGCAAAAAGGUCCGAAAUUGAUGGUGAGAACCCAGCUCUUUCAAGUGAGGCCGGAGCUGCCGACUGUGUUGCUCAAAGGACAUUUAUCAAUCAAGUUUCUCCAGAGCCUUUGCCGAACACUAAAUCUGUUGGAAGCAUUCAUACCUAUUGGGAUUCUUAUGCAGUUGUUUGUGGAAUGCUCUUCAAUCAUUGCAUGGAAGUCAUGUGGAAUGCUGUCUUUUAUGAUUCAGUGGCGGAAUAUUCAUCUGCUUGGAGGAGAAGGAAACUAUGGACUGGCUCUCCGUCAUUCUGGAUACCUCCUAAUAGAUGUGGUGACAGGGUGGAGAAGGUCACAGUAUUACCUCAUGAAAAUUUAUCUGAUGGUUAUGAUGAUGACUGUCCCCCUGGUUUCGAACUGUUGGGAACUGAGUUGGGGUGUCAUGCUCAGCCAUCAUUGAUGUCUUCAUCGGUUCUAAUGGUGGAAAAGCCGACUAAAAAGAUAGGUCCCUCAUACGAAGACAUGAAGUACAUUGUAGAGCAUAUUGAAAAUGAACUCCAUUUGUCUGCAAAGAGUUCAUUGACUGAGUAUGUUGGAUCCAUUGUUGAUGAGGAAGUGAGUAAACGAGUUAAUUCGUCCAAAGAAGAGAAUUCAAUGAAGGACACUGUGGUCUGUUCCCCAAGGAACAUGGGUGGUUCAUCUGACCUAUGCCACAAAUUGAAGACUUCAAAUAACACAUCUGCAGAAAUAAUUCUGGCUGAUUCCCUAACUCCACAAGCAGAAAAACCUUUCCAUAAUUCUUUGCCUGAAAAUCGAAUGUCUAAUUUUCUGGUAAGUGCUUUUAAGGAAGUAUGUUCUUAUGUUGAUGAUGCUGUUGUGGACCAAGAAGUAAAUGAACCAUCACCCCAUGGACUGAUAGCCAAUGUUAAAACUCUUGGACAAUCACCUGUCUGCAAAUUCCGACCUUCAAGGUCAGAAGAAUCUAUUCCUAAGAUUGGAGCAUAUGUUGCUACAGCAAUGUUGCGGAAGAAACUCCAUGAUGAUAUUAUUAGAGAACUGAAAUCUUUCAUUGAUUUGGCUCUUAAUAAGUUUCUUGCAUCAUGGCGAACUUCAAGGAAGAACCAUAUCUGUAAUGAGGAAAAAGCAUGCAACACUAAUAAAAAAGAAUCAAAGCAUCGUCUCAGUUCUGUCACUGCAGAAGUAUCUCCAGUGAUGGAUGAAUAUACAUAUCAACGCAAGAGGUUGUUGCGGAAGAAGUCGGAUUCUUCUGGACUUGUAACUGUAGGGUUAAAGAGCGGCGAGACAGUUGAAAAGUCAAAGAAGCUACAUGUUGCUAGAGAUGUUCUGAAUAAUGCUACUCUGAUUUCUAAAAAAAGAAGUCUAAGUAAACCUCAAACUGAAUCAUCUGUUGAUGCCGUAUCUGUAAAAGUCAAUUCUAAAAGGGUUUCAUCAACUGAUAAAUCAGCAUCUAAGAAUGCUAGUAUUCGGAAGCCAUUGAGGGGUUAUUAUGAACAAAGUUGUGAGCCCAUUAACGAUGUUAUUGAUGGCAUCAGCUCUAUUAGGGGACCUCAAAUUGAAUUAUCGAUUGGUGCCAUUGCCUUGCAAGCCAUCGAUACGAGUUGUUCAUCUGCUGAUACGGUAGCAGCUAAUAAUGCUAGUAGUCAGAAACGAUUGAAGGUUUCUCUUGCAGUUGAAGGUAUUGAACCCAUGAAAUGCAUGCCUAAACCUAGUAAAAGGAUGGUCUCAGCUCAUGUUAACAAUGAUAUUGAGAAAGUUGUAAAUAGCCAUGGUCAUAAUGGUCAGCUUAAAGGAGAGCCUCUACCUAAGGUGUUGAAGCAGAAAAGAGAGCGUCCAGUUGGUGGCUCACAAUUGCCACAUCCCAAAAAGGUCUUGAAAGUAGCUGAUGAUGUUCUCAAGCAAGCAGCAAACAUCCCAGGUUCAGUAAGAAAGGCCCGGUCCACUAAGUCAAAGACAUCAAAUCCUUGCCCUAAAUCUGAUGGAUGUGCCCGUGCUUCAAUUAAUGGCUGGGAAUGGCAUAGGUGGUCACUAAACGCAAGUCCUGCUGAAAGAGCUCGUGUUAGGGGAAUCAAAUAUGUUAACACCCAGCAACUGACUUCUGAAACUAAUACACCACAGUUGUCAAAUGGCAAGGGUCUUUCUGCAAGAACAAAUAGGGUGAAGAUGCGUAGUCUUCUUGCUGCUGCUGACGGAGCUGACCUUUUGAAAAGCACUCAAUUAAAGGCAAGGAAAAAGCUUUUACGUUUCCAGCGGAGCAAGAUACAUGAUUGGGGUCUUAUAGCCUUGGAGCCAAUUGAGGCAGAAGAUUUUGUUAUUGAAUAUGUUGGAGAAUUGAUUCGUCCCCAGAUAUCUGAUAUACGUGAGCGUCAUUACCAGAAGAUGGGUAUUGGCAGCAGCUAUUUGUUUAGAAUUGAUGAUGGUUAUGUGGUGGAUGCUACAAAACGUGGAGGAAUUGCUAGGUUUAUAAACCAUUCUUGUGAGCCUAACUGCUACACUAAGGUUAUAAGUGUUGAGGGUGAGAAAAAGAUUUUCAUAUAUGCGAAACGUCAUAUAGCUGCUGGUGAAGAAAUAACUUACAAUUAUAAGUUUCCGUUAGAGGAGAAAAAGAUUCCAUGCAAUUGUGGUUCGAAAAGGUGCCGUGGAUCAUUGAAUUAGGAGUUCGAGUCCUCCACAUGAGUAAUGUUAUUUUGAAGUUAUAUGUUGCUGUUGGGGUGGCAUUAUAUCCGCAGAGUUGCUACUUUGAUGUGCUUGGAGCUGGAGUUUUUCUUUCAUGACAGAGAGCAGCAUGCCAAGGGCAUGCUGUUUGAAUACUUUGGACGCUGUAAAUAACAAUGGAUGAGUCACAUCAGAGUGCUUCGGCUGGGUUCAGCAUCAAUUGUCACAAAUCAGUGUAGACAUAAAAGACUGGAUAAUGUGGCAACGUUGACACUGACAGAGUUUUGCCUACUUUUUUCAAAGAAAUACCGACUCACCCAUGACCCAUGUGCAUUCUUGUAGAAUAUCUCUGUUGCAGAUGAGUUUCUCCUCUUUAGAAACUGUAAAUCAAUUGAUUUCAUGCACAUAACAAAUUUUGGAAUCUCAAAUUCUUGUAUAAACAUGCAUGAUGUUAUAAUAAGAAAUUAAGUUUAA